GGUGUUGUAGGAUUAAAGAAUUUAGGGAACACGUGCUUCAUGAACUCUAUCCUACAGUGCCUAAGCAACACGAAAGCUUUGACCUCGUUUGUUCUCGAUAAUUCAUAUUCACGAUUUAUAAGUGGAAAGAGUUCAAUGCAUGGGAAACUAAUGGAAGCAUAUGCUUCUCUAAUGAGAUCAAUGUGGAAAUCUGAUACCAAAGAAACUGCUUUAUCGCCUGCAACAUUUAAAUCACAAAUUCAGCGUUUUGCCCCAAGAUUCGUUGGCUACAGUCAACAGGAUGCACAGGAGUUCCUUCGCUUUCUUUUAGCGGGAUUGCAUGAGGAUUUACUUCAUAAUAGUCGAGAGAAGCCUAAAAUUAUUAGUACCGAAGAAUAUGAUGAAUUACAGCCCGAAGAUAAAGCCGUAUACUGUUGGAAGCUAUAUAAGAGUACCGAUGAUAGUAAAGUUGCAGAACUUUUUGUAGGUCAGUUGAAAAGCACACUGGAAUGUACGGUUUGCAAAAAUCAAUCUGUAACCUUUGAUCCGUUUUGGGAUCUAUCUCUGCCUAUUCCAAAGAUUUCGACCAUAACACUACUUGAUUGUUUGAAGUUAUUCACUCGCGAAGAGACGUUAUCGGGGGAUAAUAUGCCGACUUGUUCGAAAUGUAAAACGAAAACUGUCUGUACUAAAAAGUUAUCCGUGCAGAAAUUUCCUCAAAUCCUGGUUAUACAUUUUAAGCGAUUCUCUGGGAUUCAUUAUCGUACAAAGCUGAAUACCUUAAUAGAUUUUCCUAUUGAUAAAUUGGAUUUGUUGAACUUUGCUGGUACUACUUCUACAAUAUCAUGCAAGUACAACCUGUACGCCAUAUCUAACCAUUCGGGUAGUACUGUGGGAGGACAUUAUACCGCUUAUUGUAAAAGUCCUCAUACACAAACAUGGUAUAUGUUUAAUGAUACCAGGGUACAACCAGUGUCAAGUAACGAAGUAAAAAGUUCGCAAGCUUACGUCUUAUUUUAUGAGCAACAGUUAACCCAAUCGAUUCUUUGA